AUGACUGUUGUAGAAGAAGAUUCGAGUGAUCAGAGUGGCCCGACAACUUCCACUGACCUCUGUUCAUCCAUUCAUCUUACAAGACGCUCCCCACAAGAAGUGCAUGUUGGAGGACAGCAAGGAUAUCACCGUGAUCAUCAUGACAAGCCUGAUCCAUCACGAAGCACUGCUGCACUUGCACCGAUCAACAAACAAACACCUAUCACCUCAGUAACACCAAAAAUAGCUUCGCCCAUUCGCUUCUGCUCUUGUUGUUGCAUUCAUAGAAAGAGAAGAUCAUCCAACGGAACGAGUAGCAACGGAAGCGCAAGCAAUGAUGGAGUUGACUCGUCAACAUCCUCGGAGAAGGGGCAAUUGUCUGUGUUGACAAACAAAACAAGCAUUUCGAGUUAUGUGACACAAUUAGCCAAGUAUCCUCGAUGGGAAACCACAAGUACUAUUUAUCAUUAUGAGAGCGUUUUGAAUGAUACCAACAGUGCCCACACUUGUCCUUCCUCUCCAAAAUUGUUGUCGUCGUUGUCAAAUUAUGCCAAUGAAACGAUGAAAAGUUGUGACAAUCAUGAUGACAACUUGAAUGUUGUCUUGGUACUUGAUACUACAACAUUCUCUGCUCAUGCUGGAUGUACAGAGCUAUUUGACUUGCUGAAAAUGAAAAUGAGAUCCACCACUCGUAGAACAUUCUCCAUGAAUUUUGAACAUGUGGCAACGCUUGGAAAGUUGUCAACAUCGACCAUGUCAAUGAAUGGAGUGAAUCACCCAACAAAUUUCGAUUACCAAUUCUACUGUCCUUGUGACAUUAAAAUUUCCUAUAAUUGUCACGUCAUUCUUGUGUCUGAUAUGGGUAAUAGAAGAAUUCAGGUGUUGGACUUGGCAACUCUGCGCCCAAGAGCAAGCAUCAACAUUGCGGCCAAGCACUUGUGUAUUGAAGCCAAUUAUGACUCCAGACGGAACGAUGCUCUUCUAGUGACAUGCAAUGAUCAUUGUGUGUACAAGUAUGACUUGCAACAAUUAAUUGCAGACUCAAAAUUGUGUUCAUCCACACACAGCACCAGUGUUAAGACAAACACUUCGAUGGCAACCACAGCAACAAUUGCCGAACCUUACAAGUAUAUUUGGAGAUCAGGAACACCCAAUGUUAAGGGAAAAGCAAGUGAUCAAUUUAAUCAACCAAGUGGAAUGGCUGUUUGGUAUGGUAAGAGUCAACCAGUGGUAUCAUCUUCCAAUAGUCAAUCCUCUCAAAAUCUAAUAUACGUUUGCGAUUGUAACAACAAUAGAAUUCAAGUGCUGCAAGCACAUGAUGGAAAGGUGAUAAGCAGCAUUGGUGACUUCAACAGUGCCAACAAAACUCACACUACCACUGACAAGCAACAGAGAUCACCCAUCCAAUUCAAAGGACCUUGGGAUAUUCAGAUAAAUGAACACGCAGAAUUGGUUGUGUGUGAAGUCGACACUCAUAGAAUUCAAGUACUGAGACAAAUUGUUGAAUCAUCAGAUGCAUGCAGUGGCAAGAAUGGUAGUAGAAGCACCACCCAACAACAAAACGAAAAUUACACUUGGAUCUCAACCAAAUCUUUUGGAAUAACCAAAGGAUAUACCUCGACAUUUAAUCAUCCACGUGGAGUGGCGAUUGACAAGACUCGUGAGCAUAUCAUGUUGUGUGAUCAAGACAACAAUCGAAUCGUAGUUUUGCAUGAAAAAACCGGUCAAGUGAAAUGCGUGUUUGGCUCUCGUGGAACUAUGAAUGGCCAAUUUUUCAAACCUCACGGAAUUUGCCUCAAUGAGAGAACUGGUGAAUUGCUUGUCGCAGACUAUCUUAAUCAUAGAAUUCAAAUUUUCAAAUAG